AUGACUUCUUUACAACAGGGCGAGCAGCGGCGUGAUUGGCUAGUCGGCAGUGCGGCAAUCUGGCACGGGCUCCGAUCGUUCAUCGUCAGGAAUACUAAAGAGUCUGCCGGACGGAGGGCGGGCGGGGUACACGGCGGCUUUCUUCGCGCGACGCGUCACAACGUCGUCCCGGCGCACACCUGCCGUCUGGACAUCUGGCGGCGAAUGACCGUUGGGUCGCCACGGGUGGACGUCCACAUCAAAGGACAGCCGACAACGGCGACACAGGCAAACAAAAAAUUACACCCUCUUCAGCGACGAACGAUUUGUCGCUGGUCAGCAGCAAGCCGAAAUCACACCAGAUGGACGAGGAGACGUUCGCAUAAUCGCACCUCCUUGGGCGGACGCCUAUGCUGCAGGGUCGAACCGGUGGUCAGUAGCCUUUGUUAUCCGAGCGUGUACCGCCGUCGUUACCGAUGA